AUGGAGAGGUUGAAGAUUUGCAUGGUCUCAGACUUCUUUCAUCCCGGCUUGGGCGGCGUCGAAAUGCAUAUCUAUCAGCUCUCCGAGUGCUUGAUUCAGCGGGGUCACAAGGUGAUCGUCCUCACUCACAAACGGGGUCAACGUCAGGGUGUGCGCUACAUGCGCAAUGGAUUGAAAGUGUACUACCUGCCCUUUCUUCCUUUCCAUGACAACUGUACCCUUCCAACCUUCUUAUCCUUUUUUCCGCUGAUCCGGAAAGUGCUGCUCAGAGAAGCUGUUGAUAUUGUCCAUGGGCAUCAAGCAACUUCGAAUCUAGCGCAUGAGUGUAUACUCCAUGCUCGCACGAUGGGGUACCACACCAUCUACACUGAUCACUCUCUCUUCGGCUUUGCAGACGCAGCUUGCAUUCACGUCAACAAACUUUUGAAGUUCUUUUUGACCAACGUCGAGCACUGCGUUUGCGUGUCCCACACAAAUCGAGAAAAUUUGGUACUUCGGGCCGCUUUGAAUCCUAUCAAUGUCUCGGUGAUCCCCAAUGCUGUGGACACAAGGCGCUUCCAGCCAGAUGCCUCCCAGCGCUCAAAGAAGCCCUGGGUGACAGUGGUAGUGGUGAGCCGCUUGACCUACCGCAAGGGGGUCAACUUGCUUGUGGGUGCUGUGCCUGAAAUCUGUCGCAGGCACCAGCAUGUGCGAUGGCUAAUCGGUGGCAGUGGGCCAAAGCAGCUCCUGCUGGAUGAGAUGAUCGAACGGGAGAACUUGCAUGAUCGCGUUGAAUUAUUGGGAGCUGUCCCUCACGAGGACGUGCGGAAGGUCUUGGUUAGGGGGCACAUCUUCCUUAACACCUCCUUGACAGAAGCCUUCUGCAUUGCAAUUGUAGAGGCUGCUGCGUGUGGCCUCAUGGUGGUCUCCACCAACGUAGGUGGUGUGCCUGAGGUCUUGCCGCCUCAUAUGACCAAGCUUGCUGCUCCGCGUGUUGAUGCAGUAGUUGAGGCCCUGGAAGACGCUUUGCUAUCCUUGCCUCCGCCCGAGGCUGCGCAGAGUGUGCAUGAGGAGGUCGAGAAAAUGUACUCUUGGCAGGACGUUGCAGAGCGCACUGAACGAGUCUACCGAGAGGUAGUCCUGAAGCCUUCCAUUCCUUUGAGAGAACGGUUCCUGCGCUUUUUGCGUGUGGGGCCAGUCUCUGGAAAGCUUUUCAUCCUCCUGGUGGCCUUGGACACCUUACUUUGCUGGUUCCUGGACUGGUGGCAGCCACGAGAAGAGGUUGAGAUGGCCUGGGAUUCACCGGCCUGGAGACCAUUUGAGGGGCCGCAGCAAGACAUCCCGCAGAAGCCCACGAAAACAGCAGAAAUUAGCGCGCCUAUUUGUCUUCUGCAACUGUAA